UCCAGGUGGGAAAAAAAAUCAAAUCCCCUGCUUCUGUUCUCCUCCCCGCGAGCCAUCCCCGUCUCCUACCGACCCCGCCGCUUCAUCGCCGCCGCCGCCGCCGACGAUGACAUGAACCAGUCGAUGCAGAAGAACACCCUCUACAUAGUUGUGGUCGGUGCAGGUGGGCUCGCGGAGGAGGUGGUCGAGAAGAUCCUGCACGCGGCGUUCGUGUUGUUUGGGGAGGUAAGGACAUCAAGAUGCUGCUAGACCAGGCCACGCAGAAGCACCGCUCCUUCGGCUUCGGCACGUUCCUUGAGCGCGAGGACGCCGCCGCCGCCAUGGACAACAUGAACGGUGCUGAGCUCUUCGGUCGCGUCCUCCCCGUCAACUACGCCUUCCCGAGAAAAUCAAGGAAGGAGAGCAGGGAUGGGCCGCGCAGCCAGAGAUUUUUUUAUGUUGCUAUUGACAAAAUAUGCGCGGAGAUGGAUCACCGCUUUAGUGAAGGAGCUAAUGAAAUUUAUCAUGAUGACUUUUCCAGUGAUGACCGUGGAACAAUAAGAGGGAAAUUUCUCACUUAUAUAAUUCAAUUUGACCGUGAAGAUGGUUGA